AUGUAAUUAUUAAAAUCAAAUACAAUUAAAAUAAAAACUUAUUACUCUCACAAAUUAAAAACUGAAAUGGUUGCUAUUUAUAAUCCUGGAAACAUGGAGGAUGAAGAUAUUCUAGUUAUAUAUGACCAAGUUGAGUUAUUGCAAAAUUAAGUGCCUUGCUAUCAUUUUUAUAUAGUAUGCAAGCAAGAUAUGAAUAUAGCUGGACAUAUCUCUUUGAGAACUAAAACCUCAUAUGAAGAAGAAUAUCUUUGGGGUAAUAUGGGUUACACAGUAAACCCAAAAUACCAAGGAAGAAGAUAUGCCUAUAAGGCUUCAAAGUUGGUGAUUGGAUUUGCCAGAAAAUGCAAGAUGAACUAAAUAUAUAUGACAGUAGAUCCCACUAACAUAGCUUCAAUAAAAACAAUCUUAAAUUUAGGAGGCUAUUACUUAGAAACUAUAGAGGUACCUAAGGAUUCUUCUCUUUACUAAGUAGAGUAAUGUGAUAUUAGCUGCAGAUAUUGUGUAUACAUAUGA